CCUCACACACUUCUCGCUCAACUCUCGCCAUGAACACUGAUUCAAAAGAAUCUGUCAACUCAGCUGACGAAACUCAACCACCAAACAAGGAACAAUCUCAUGCUCAAACUCUUCUCUCACCAGAUACGGAAAUUAAAGAAGUAAUUUCAACAAUGGAAAAGCUCACAGUUAAAGAGGAAAGCUCAACUGUCAAAAAUGUGGAUUCUCAACCAAGUACAUCUCAAGGUCAAUACAACAUUUCAAAAAAAGGUGCACACUCAUACAAAGGUAAAGAUAAGUUUAUCAAGGACACUCAUGCCGACCACUCGGUGUGGCUCAAUUUCAAGGUUGCUACUCAAACGAGUAGACUCAACUUAAUGAUAGAAUCAUUUGAACAACUUCAAAAAUUCUCAAGCCGGUAUUCACUCAGCGAGCUCAACUCAAUGAAAACAAUCUUUGAGGAUCUCUGGACGGAAUUUUCACAGGCUCAUGAAGAAAUCGGGGAAAAAUGUGACAACUCAUUUUUUACAACUCCUUACAUGACGGAGGAAUGUUUUGAACAGGGAUUCAAAACUUUCAUGGACUCAAAGAUUACAAUCAACUCACUCAUCGAACAACUUAAACAACCAGUGUCACAAUUAACUCAACAAACAGAAAACUCUCAACCUAAACGCCGACAGCUCCCAGAAAUUUCAUUGCCAAAAUUUUCUGGGGAUUACUCGGCUUGGACCUCAUUCAGAGAUUUAUUUCAAUCACUUGUCGGGCAAAAUUCAGAAAUCUCAGGAGUGGAAAAAAUGCAUUAUUUACGGACAUCUCUUACUGAUGAGGCAGCUCAAUUGAUUGCCAAUCUCCCCCUCUCAAGUGACUCAUUUUAUUCGGCUUGGGAAUUACUCACUUCUCGCUAUGAAAAUAAACGGUUACUUAUUGCAUCUCAAAUGGACAAACUUUUCAACUCAAAGAUUAUCUCACCAAAAUCAGCUGGAGAUCUCAAUGCGCUCAUCACCACUACAACGGAAUCACUCAAUGCACUCACUUCUCUCGGUGCUCCAGUUGACUCAUGGGAUCUAAUUCUUGUUCAUUUUAUCAUUCGAAGAUUGGACACUCAAACCAGGGAAUCCUGGGAAGUUAAACAAGGCUCACGGACAACAUCCCCUACUUACAAAGAACUCAAGGACUUUCUCACUGGGCGUGCUCGUGCCCUUGAAAAUAUGCAGUUAAAUUCAACUCAAUAUUCUCAGGCAGCAAAAUCAACGGCGUCAACCUCAACCUCAAAGUCAACUCAAUCAACAUCAAAAUCAGCAAGGGCUCUCACUGCUUCUCAUCAAGACUACGGAUUUGCUUGCUCAUGUUGUCAACAAUCUCACUAUAUUGUAGUUUGUGAGAAAUUCAGGAACCUUUCUACUCAAGACAGACGAGAGUUUGUCAAAACUCAACGGCUGUGUUAUAAUUGUUUGGGGAGACACUCAGCUCACUCUUGUCAAAGCGACAAGCGGUGCAGGGAAUGCAACGGUAAGCAUCAUACAAUGAUUCACGUUGAUGACUCACGGACGAAAUCAACCAAGGAUGCUUCUCAAUCAACAACAACACAACCUGCUCAAAGUGAUGACAGCUCAAAUUGACUAAAUAAUUUGACAUCUCAAGCUCAAACAUAGAUCUCAUCAUUGGAGCGGAUCACUAUGGGCAAUUACUUCAACCAGACAUCAUUAAAGGAACGGAAUCAUCACUCACUGCUCAAAAAACACUCUUUGGUUGGGUCAUUCUUGGACCUGUCAAGGUUUCCUCACC